UUAAGUGAUUUGCCCCUUAACUUUACCAUUUUCAAGUGUACCAGUGUAAUGUAUAUGUACCAAAUCGUUUUUCUGUGCUUUAAUUUCGCAGUUUUCGACUCUCUUCUUAAUACCAAUUUGUAACUUUUGAGCAUCAAGAGUGCAGCUCAAUGCAGCCAAAACCGAUAAAAAUAAUGCGAUAUUUUUCAUUUUAAUUAAUGAUUUUUGUAUUGCUGUUAUUAAAAAAUGCCAAUCAAUAAGAAUCGUUUUUGGUGAAAUGAUAUCGCAAUUGUCGUCCAAUGAGAGCCAUACACGAGAGAUUGUUUAGUAGAAAUGUCAGUGCUUGUGGAAUGCACUCUAGUGGAUUUGCUGCAAAUUAAAAAUGUUUUGACAGAAUUUCUAUUUUAUUGACAAUGUCAAAUUUGACAUUUAAUUCAAUUCAAACCUCAAAUGCUGUAUAAUAACGAGGUUAGAUACAAAUAUAUGUGUGUACCAAUCGUAAUCGACGAAUGUACAAGUUUCUACGGUUGUCAACAUACAUACUUAAAACAAAACAUGAAUUCAAAUAUACUGCAUUGAACAUGUCAUCGCAUAAGAGAAUCAGUGACGGUUUAAAUAGCAAUAGUCCAAGCAAAGUGUGCCGUGUUAAAUCCGAUAGCAAUCAGUACACUCAGCCAACUUGUGUUGUUGAAACGUUGCUAUUAAAUAAAAUCGAAAUGCAUUCGGUUGAGGUUAUGGAAACACCCGAUAAAUCGGAAAAUGAUAAAAAAUCGUAUCGUGUAAUUCGACUGAAAAAUGGGCUAAAAGCACUUUUAAUUUCGGAUCCAACACAAAAGUCUGCACCACAUGAAGAUGCAGUAAAGUCGGAUGCACUCGAUGCAAUGGCCACCAUUAGUGAGGACGAGGAGGAAACGGAGAGUGAUGAUGAGCAAAGUGAUGACGAAGUGGAAAAUGGUUCACAUGGAGAAAAACGUGGAAAAUUAGCUGCAUGCAGCCUUUGUGUCGAUGUUGGUAGCUUCUCCGAUCCGCGUCAGAUUCAAGGGCUAGCGCAUUUUCUUGAACACAUGAUUUUUAUGGGCUCUGAGAAGUAUCCAAAUGAAAAUGAAUUUGAUCAAUUCAUGCAAAAGGCUGGAGGUUUCGAUAAUGCAGACACUGAUUUUGAUGAGACGAGUUUUUAUUUUGAGACUCGUGAAGAGUUUUUAGAUGACGCUUUGGAUCGUUUUUCACAAUUUUUCAAAGCACCACUCAUGUUAAAGGAAGCUAUGACUCGUGAACGUGAAGCAGUUGAAUCAGAAUUCGCUUCUAAGAAAAAUGGCGAAGACGUUAGGCGUGGUCAGUUAAUAUCAUCUCUUGGUUCACCAUUACAUCCGUCGAGUAUUUUUGCUUGGGGGAAUUUGGAAACGCUAAAGGAUAAUAUUGCGGAUGAUGUUUUAUAUGAAAAAGUACAUGAAUUCAGAAAAAGACACUAUUCCGCCCACCGUAUGUAUCUGUGUUUGCAAUCAAAUUCAUCUCUGGAUGAUUUACAGGAAAUGGCAAACCGACACUUUUCAACUAUUCCAAAUAAUCAAAUGCCUGGAGAUGAUUUUUCAAAAUUCACUCACCACAACGCUUUUCAAUCGAAGUUCUACGAAAAAGUCUAUUUUGUAAAACCAAUUGGAAAUAUUUCAAAAAUAGAUAUCACUUGGUGUUUGUGGCCUAUGAUCGAGAAUUUUAAAUGUAAGCCAGAUCAAUACCUCAGCCAUAUUUUGGGACACGAAGGAAAAGGUAGUCUGUUGAGUUAUUUUCGUAAGAAAUUAUGGGCUGUAGACUUGGCUGCUGGAACUGAUAAUUCUGGCAUGGGAUCAACGAAACUAUUUUCGCUUUUUAAUAUUUGUGUUUAUUUAACUGAGGAUGGUUUUGAUCACCUGGACGAGGUUUUAUUUUCAAUAUUCUCAUAUUUGAAACUACUUCAAUUGAAUGGACCAAAAGAGUCGAUAUUCCGUGAAAUACAGACGAUUGAAGCCAAUGCUUUUCGAUUUGCCAAUGAACGUGAUGCAUUAGAUAACGUUGAAGACGUUGUUAUCAGUUUAAAGCAAUACCCGCCUAAAUACAUUCUAACGGGCGAUUGUCUAUUUUUCGAAUAUGAUGCAAAUGCCAUUCAACAAAUCAUCGACGAACUAAACUCAUCCAAAUUUAAUAUCAUGAUUACAUCAACACGACGAUUUAGUGAAAAUAUCACGUAUGAACAAACUGAGAAUUGGUUUGGGACAAUGUAUACGGAAAUUGAUAUGCCUGAAAAAUGGCUUUCCUUGUGGAAAAAUGCAACACCAUUAUCAGAAUUUGCGCUGCCCGAACCAAAUAAAUUUAUAGCCGAUGAUUUUACUAUUUUGUAUGAAGAAGGACAAACAAUACCAAUGUAUCCAAUGAAAAUUCUCGAUAAUGAUCUAUGUGAAUUGUGGUUUCGACAAGAUGAUAAGUUUUUACUACCAACAGCAUGUUAUAACUUUUAUUUCAUGACACCUGAUGCAAUCGCAACGAUCGAAGAUAUGAUUCAAAUGACUCUAUUGGCGACAUUGUUGAAAUACCAGUUUGUGGAAAAAUUGUAUCCUGCUACGUGCGCUGGUUUAGAAUACUCAUGCUACGCCGCAGAUUUAGGUCUUGUUUUAAAGGUUUCUGGAUUUAAUCAAAAAUUACACCUGAUUGUCGAUGUAUUUAGCAAGUGUUUGAAAUCUUUGGCAGAUGAUACAACUGAAAAACAGUUCGAAGUUUUCGUUGAACAGCUUUUCAAAACAUAUGAAAAUAUUUUCUUGCGUCCAAAAGUUCUCGCAAAAGAGCUUCGUUUGAAUAUCAUCGAAUCACACCAUCAACCUCUAUAUGAGAAAAAUCAACGUUUGCGUUCGAUCACUUUUUCUGAUUUCCAGCAAUUUUGUCGAAAAUACUGUGAAAAAGUAAAAAUCAAAGCAAUUAUGCAGGGGAAUCUAACUGAAGAUCGUGCGCUUAAUAUCAUGCACAAUGUUUUGAAUGAAUUAAAUUGUGGAAAGGUGGAAGAUCUUUCUUUGAUUGAAUUAAGAACAACUAAGCUACCCGUUGGCGCGAAUUACUUACGCUGUAAAACAUUUCAUCCGAAAGAUGUCAACACCGUUAUUACGAAUUUCUAUCAAAUUGGAACGAUUUCGUAUCGUACACAUGUUCUGAUCGAUUUAUUGGUUUGGAUUGCUCAAGAGCCACUUUUUGAUAUGCUUCGAAACAAAGAACAACUGGCCUAUGAUGUAUCAUUUGAUUUGCGCGACAAUUAUGGAAUUUUAGGCUAUAGUAUCACAGUUAAUUCACAAGAGUCAAAAUUUUCAGCCGAUCAUGUGGAUGAACGAAUUGAAAAUUUCCGUCGUGAGUUGAUUACAAUUAUUGAAACAAUGCCUGAAGAUGAUUUUGAAGCCAUCAAAGCAUCUCUUUCGAAAAUCAAAUUAAACGAAGAUAAUAAACUGAGCGAAGAAGUUACAAGAAAUUGGGCAGAAAUUACAACUGAUGAAUAUGAAUUCGAUAGACAACACAAGGAGGUUGAUUAUUUGUCAACAAUCACUAAAGCACAAUUAUUGGAAUUUUAUCGAACAUACUAUGGGAAUGCGGAGCGAAAAUUAUCAGUUCAAAUUAUUGGUUCAACUAUUGGUAAUGGCCAAGGAAAAGAAUCUGAUGUGAUUGCAGAAUUUGAGAAAAAUGGCAAUUUGGAAACGCGCCGAAAACAAUUUGAUGCAUUAAAUUACGUGGAUUUCAAUGGAGAACCCAAAGGAAAUCUUAUUGAAGAUUUAAUGCAGUUCAAGACCAGUCUAGAGGUUUACUCGGUUACCAAAACAAAUCGUCGUUUAGUUUAGACUUUUAAAAAACUCAUCAAAGAGAAACAUAUAAUAAAUAUAAUGGAAUUGGAA